CCUACGUGCAGCAUGUGAAUGCACCAAACCAUGCAUCCAAAUGUGUGUGAAAACUGUAUUUUAACAGUGCUAAUGGAUUAUACUGUAGGGAUUGAAGGUGUUUCCUGAGCACUUGUGUCUGCCUCUGAAAUCAAAACCUUCUGAUGUUCUUGAUCCACCCGUUUGCCCAGAAGCUUGUACAGAUAUUUGUUCUCUCUUCUAAGCUGUUUAAAACUGUGAUCCCCAAUUAUGUUUUGAGGGUUUAAUUGCUCUGUUGAGGUGUUUCCCCCUUCCAUUCCAAGAACAUCACUGCGCUGGAAUUUGAGCUGCAUCAGAGAGAAGUAGCCUGGAGCAUAGUUGUCUGAUCCAAGGAAGCAUUUUCCCCCACACAGCUGAGCAAAGCAAAGCUGAAAAGCCCCACUGGCAGAGCUUCCAUGGAUGGUGUGGUGUGGUUGUCUCUGCUGACACUGCAGCCCUGGGAUGCUCCAGUGCUCUUGACCAAGCUGAGCACGUGCUGCGCAGUCAGCAGGUUGUCACAUGAAGAUGACAAGCUCAUAUGAUGUUAAACUAAAGCCACCAAACUACGCUUUGCUGCUGGGACCAAAGGUGAUGAGUUGGCCUGGGCUUCAUGAGGAAAAGGUUAGGCUGAAGUGGGCCGUGGAUAAAGGCUGGCUUUGACUCCUUGGCACUGGAACAACCUUAUUUUGUAGUUCUUCCCCAGUCACCCCAUGCUGUUCCUGCUGACAUGUCCAGUUGUGGUUGUCUAAGUUUGAACUGCAAGAUUUUGAAGACAGAACCUCCCUUUUUCUAAAAUGUUGAGCCUGUUUUUACUGUGCUACAAAAUCUGUCAAAAUCAAGACACAUCAUGAUUUCCCCAAACUUAUUUCCCCUGGCAUCUCAUUUCAGAACUUUCUCCAGAAAAAAAACCCUGGCUUUUCUGCUAAAAUCUUGGUUCCUUUUUUUUUUUAUCUCCCCCACCUCCCCAGUAUGUGCCUUGAUGUUGUGUGACAUCUGAAAUACUUCCUGUGCACGUGCUGUGCUGCCUUUGCUAGAUAAGCAGUAGGCUGUUCCCUUUUACAGCAGGCACAUCCCUUCCUGAAGAGGCAGAUGUUUUCCCUGGGAACAAAUAUUGCAGCUUUUUAAUUAUGUCACCUUAAUUUUGUUUCUCUUUUCUUCCAUCACAGCAUGUGUGUGAUUAGAAGCUUCUGAUGCCUUCAAAGAGGGAUGGCAAUGUCACUCUUCCAAGCUGGGGCAGGAUUUCUGCUCUAGGUUCCCUCCAUGCUGGUUUUGUGUAGGAUGAGAAUUUCUCUGGACGCUAGAGUACAAGAGGAAUGGAAGAGAAUGCCGCUGAAGAGGUGGAUCACGCCCCAGGUGAUGCCAGCAUGGGGGUAGAUGUUUUGGAAUCAGGUGACACCACACCCCCUACAAAGAGGAAAAGCAAGUUCUCAAGCUUUGGCAAGAUUUUCAAACCCUGGAAGUGGAGGAAAAAGAAAAGCAGUGACAAAUUCAAGGAGACUUCAGAAGUUUUAGAACGAAAGAUUUCUAUGCGAAAACCAAGAGAGGAGCUGGUAAAAAGAGGGGUUCUGUUGGAAGAGCCUGAGCAGGAUGGUGAAGAGCCAGAGAAGCUGAACCCAGCUGCACUGAAGAAUGGCCACACUGUCCCCAUUGGGGGCCCUGGGGUGUGUAAGCUGCCCAGCCAGGAGGAAGAGGCCACAAAGCCAUCCAGCCUUAGGAAGCCUGUUCCAGUGGAGGAACCAAAGAAGAGGCAGGGUUCCUCCAGCAGCCACCCUGCGCCUGAACUGGACCCACCUCAGGAGCCACAUGUUCCCAGACAACCUCUGCUUCCUCCAAAAAGACCUCCCUCCACUUCCCAGGAGGCAAACGAAGUACAGGCAAAGGAUCCCAUACCUGCCAGCAGCACUGCAAGAACUGCCCCCUUCAGCACAGCCCCCAUGGCAGCAAAGACAAUCAAUUCCACAGCUGCCCCUUCCCCAGCCCCCAGGACUCUGCUUCCUGCUCCUGCCAGUGCCAACACUACUGCUCCCACCAGUACAACCAGCACAGCUCCUGCCAAACAGCCUCCCGUCCCUCCUCCCAAACCCAUCAACAGAAAUAGCAACUCACUAAUAGCUGAACUUUCCCAAGUAAUGACCAGUGGUACAGCCUUGUCCAAGCCUUCCCCUCCUCUCCCUCCAAAGAGAGGCCUCCUGCCUAACAACACGUCCGAGGCUGUCACCUCUAAGCCCCCGAAUGACAGGACAGUGACAACGAGUCGCCCUGCUCCGAUUCCACUGCACGUGACCUCAGCUUAUCCACCACCUCCACCCUCGCCGCCGCUGCCCACCCACGUACCCCCUGAACCUCCACGCGUGGCCCUGCCCACCUCCACGCCUGUCCUGGACCCACCGUGCUCCCUGGACCUGCCCAAGGAGACUCCUCCUCCUCCCCCUCUUCCUGAAGACUUCAGGCCCAUGGAAGUGUCGAAGAGGACGGCAGAACAAGGGUUUGGUGAACCCCACGCGCUGCCUCGCCUGCCCCAAAUCCCACUGCACAUUCGUAUCCAGCAGGCUCUGGCCAGCCCUCUGCCUGUCACCCCACCUCCCGAAGGGUCCCACAGGGCUCACUCGUUGCUCUUUGAGAACGAUAGUUUUGGAGAAGACAACAGCACCCUGGGCAGGACAAGAUCCCUGCCUGUCACCAUUGAGAUGCUCAAAGUUCCAGACGAUGAGGAAGAGGAAGAUGAUGACCAGGAAGAGGAACAGAAUUCAGGUCGUCAUGUGUAUAUUGGAGAUGUGCCAUCUGUCACAGUCAUCCCCAAACUGGUACCCCAGGUCCUCCCGGAGGAGCAGGAAGGAGACGAAGGGAUGAGCGACUCUGACUCAGAGGGCCCCAUCCUGUAUAAAGAUGAUGAGGAUGAGGAAGAAGAUGAAAGCCAUAACAGCACACUGGCCAACAAAGUGAAGAGGAAAGACACGCUCGCUAUAAAGCUGGGGAACACAACUGCACCACAGGAGGAGAAGAUCAUGUUCCCUCGGAAGAGCAAGGAGGAGUGGAACGAAAUCCGUCACCAGAUUGGGACAACGCUGAUCAGGCGAUUGAGUCAGAGACCAACUGCAGAAGAACUGGAACAGAGGAACAUUCUUCAGCCGAAAAAUGAAGCUGACCGUCAAGCUGAGAAGCGCGAGAUCAAGCGCCGGCUGACCAGAAAGCUUAGCCAAAGGCCUACAGUGGCAGAGCUGCAGGCCAGGAAGAUCCUGAGGUUUAAUGAAUAUGUGGAAGUAACAGAUGCCCAAGACUAUGACCGGCGAGCAGAUAAGCCGUGGACAAAGCUGACACCAGCUGACAAGGCAGCCAUCAGGAAGGAGCUGAAUGAGUUUAAGAGCUGUGAAAUGGAAGUGCAUGAGGAGAGCAAGCAGUUCACGAGAUACCAUCGACCAUAAUAUUCCAAGGAGGGAGCAAGAAACCUGGGAGGGCUGAAAGUUCUCUGCAUCCCCCCUCUGAGGCAAUACAGUGAGGGUGGAACCUCAGCUCUUCCAAGAUUUGCCUUCCAAACAUAUCCAGAAAAGGGCUUUUGGCCAGGGAAGGGGAAUCCUGUCUGAAUGUAGCAUUUCACUGGAGCAAACACAUCUCUCAUGCCAUCAGGCUGGAAAUGACACUAUACCUCACGCGGCUCAGCAAUACGACUCUGCCAGGAGACGGUGCCCAGGGGAACGACCCCUUCCUUCCAAGCUGUACAGACUUGUCUCGGGGAGAGCAAUUCCUCAUUUCCUCCUCCUUUCUGUGAGGAAGGGAGAUUAAAAGCAAAGGCAGCUCUAAGAUUGGGAAGCUGAGGAAGGCAUGUGCUCAGAAGCAUGUAUGUGUAUAUUAGCUGUGUACAGAGAACCCUGGCAGACGGCUGACAUGGCACUCGGUAUUUUUUGUGAGUUUUUCUUUUUUGUCAAGUCGUUAAUGCCCUGAAUCACUACUGACCAACGGUUUGUUGUCCUGGAAGGGAAUUGUAUAGAUAUUAACAUAUGCUGCAUCUUUUUGUUAAAAAAAAAAGAAAAAGAAAAAAAAAACCGUGUAAAUGCUCUGCACUCUCACACUUGCUCUGAUCUUAAUAACAGAUCCGGAGAUAUUUAGGCUUGUUUAACAAAUUACAGAACCAGGAACAAUGACUGUUGCCUUUUAAAAACUUUUUAAUUAGGGGAAACUGUGAGAGUAGUCAGUCCUUUUUUUGUGGCUUUCUCUCAAAUGUUUUUUACUCUCCCAAAUCAGGGUUGAAGCUUGCCUUUUUCUCAUUUUUUACAGCUAAACCUACUGGAAAUUUGAUCGUUUCACUGUGUGGGUCAAAAGGAGGGGAAGAAUAGGUUUAAAAAGUGACCUUAAAAAGAUGGUAUUUCUCUUCUGAGAGAAAAAUUCUUCCUCAAUGUGGGCUGAAAAAAAAAGAUCCGGUAGGGCCCCUGGUGUGUUAUGCACAAAACUAAACUAUCGGUGAGAUGUCACUUGUGUGGGAGGGCGGGCGGGAGAGAAGAACUCUGUCUUGUUCACCGACCAGUGUGGCAACACGCCGGCUAUGGCCCAGCAGCCGCUGGGGGCUCUUCCCUCACAGCAUCCCCUGUACAGCCGCCAUUACAUUGUAUAUCAGUCUCCGCAACAACAGAUUUUAAUUAUUAAAUAAAAGUAUUUUAGAAUUCUUUUUCUUAAA